AUGUCCGUGCCCUCACCCCGAAACACGACCCUGCCAUUGGUCACGUCCUCGACCUGCAAGGCAUCCCUUUCCGCCAGAUCAGGGCCCCUGACGAUCAAGGUCUUGUCACUAAAGGACUUUUUGUGUCUGGAGACAAGACCCCAAUUUCUCCAGGAGAUGCAAGAAUCCCUGAUGGAGGUUGGGACGUUCUAUAUUAGGGAUCAUGGUGUCCCUGAGCAGGUCACCGGCGGGGCUUUGAAGGCAGUUCGGGAUUAUUUUGCACUGCCCGUGGAGGAGAAAAAGAAGAUGUUGAUCGGAAAUAGCCAACACUUUCGAGGGUACAAACUCAUGGGGAAUGAGAUGACAAACAAUGAAGUGGAUCAUCGCGAACAGCUCCAGUUUGCACCCGAGCAGGCCCCAAUCGAGUCCUUUAUUCCUUCAGUCUCUCCAGACUAUGAAGGUCUUCAGGGUCCUAACCAAUGGCCCCUGAGUACCUUGGCCCUCGUCCCCGAAUUCAAGUCCUCUAUUCUCGAAUUCAUGGCCCAGCUCGAGACUCUGUCUCAGCAUCUGAUGGAAGCUGUUGCCCUGUCCCUGGAUCUCGAUGGAUCUUAUUUCAAAGACCUCUUUGGCGACUCUCCGUACUACCGCAUCAAGUGCGCAAGAUAUCCCUCAGUUGAGAAUGCGGCAACCAUCGGCUGUGGUGCGCAUAAGGAUACGGGUUUCUUGACGGUGUUGCUGCAAGAUAGUGUGGGUGGAUUGCAGGGCCAGGAUCCUGUAACGGGGCAGUGGAUGGAUACGCGGCCUGUGCCAGAGACGUUUAUUGUCACGAUGGGAGAGUCGAUGGAAAGGUUGACGGGUGGUCUUUACAACGCGACAGUCCAUCGCGUGUUGAACAACACCUCUGGACAGGACCGGUAUAGCAUUCCGUUCUUUUUUGAUCCAGCUUUGACCGCAAGGAUCCCGCAUCGUCUUCCUGUGCGGGGUCUGUUGAAGCGCUCCGUGUCUUCGAUGUCGAAUAUGACCGCCAGAGGCAUGCCAAUAUCUAUAUCGUCCGCAUCGUCGCUUGCAUCGCUUUCGGAUACAGAGUCGUUGAAUUCUAAGGACGAGCUUGAAAGUCUGGUGGAUGCACUCGAGAUUAAAGAGGGUAGUGAUGCGUUGGCCUCGAGACUGGGAAGCUGGAGUAAUGGGGAACAUAUCUUUAAGACUGUACAGCGGUGCCAUCCUGAAGUCUACUCUAGCUGGUAUGGUCCAAAGCUUUAA